AUGGCCGACUCCAGCGUGCCUACUUCUCCGACUACCCCGAUCACGCCUAUUUCUCCCACAACGCCAGUAUUGGAUGUGCCUCGCCCCCCUUCUGUCGACGGCAUCUCAUCGCGCAUGACUGAUAUUGCCUCCGAAGAUGGCGAUACACAUGGAGGUGCCUCAUCACAGGCGCCACCUUCAAGACGUGGCCCACCACCAGCGCGCUGGUCGGUAGGAAAUGCGAGCAUGGCUCGCCCAGGCAGCUCAUCCAGUCGUCUGAGCCGAAUCAGCAGGACCCACGUUCCUUCUUUGACGCCUCAAGCAUUCUUUCGUCCGAUGAGUUCCCAGCGACUCCAAGCACAUCGUCGUCCAAGUCAUGCACCUUCAACAGCGGGCACUAUUACUUCGGAAACAACUGAAGACGAGGAAAACCUGAACCGUAGGAGUCUGGUUUCUAGCAGUACGCUACGCUUAGGUGCUCAGGCAGUUGAUCUUGAAAUUCCUCCUUCUCGUGGGACAGAGUUCACAGAUCCGAUCAUUCCUGAUAGAAACACGUCGAAUGCGAGCCCUACCGGGAAUACAACAGUGAGAAGCCUCGGCGAAAGCGUCAGACUACUGCACGAGCGCGAAAGAAAGCCUGCCCCCGAACAUCUUAAUCUCGCGACAACCAUCAGGUCCCCUAAUCUGCAUGAUCCUCCUCAAAAGUCACCAUUGUCGUUUAGAUCUGGAUUCCUUUCUCUACAUGGCAAGAACGACGAUGGCCCGCCCCCAGUACCUCCCGCCAACCUUGGCAAGAACUAUGAGUAUUUCACUGGUAACACCGUUUUCUGGGGUAAUGGCAGGUUCCAGAACUCCCGCGAUAAACCAGUGAAUAUCGCGACUGGAACUAUGGUUGUUUUGCCUUCUGUCCUGUUCUUCGUUUUUUCGGCGUCGUGGUUAUGGCAUAAUGUUUCGCCAGCAUUGCCUAUCAUUUUUGCGUAUAUAUUCUACAUAUGCAUGUCAUCUUUCAUCCACGCCUCCGUUGUUGACCCCGGUAUAUUUCCACGAAACCUGCACCCGAUGCCUACAUCGGACCCCUCAGCAGACCCCUUGACCCUCGGUCCGCCAACCAAUGACUGGGUGAUGAUUAAAUUGGCUACGUCGGAUGUUGCUGCCAUGGAUGUACCGGUGAAAUAUUGCAAAACAUGCAAUAUCUGGCGUCCUCCACGCUGCUACCACUGCCGAACAUGUGACAAUUGCGUUGAAACACUAGACCACCAUUGUGUCUGGUUGAACAAUUGUGUCGGUCGCCGUAAUUAUCGCUACUUUUUCACCUUUGUCAGCUUUGGGACGAUUUUGGCACUUUACUUGCUAGGAGUGUCCCUAGCCCAUAUCCUCCUUUAUAAAAACCAGCAGAACAUCGAUUUUUCGGAAGCGAUUAACAAAUUAAGGGUGCCAUUUGCGAUGGUGAUUUAUGGGGCACUAGCCGCGCCAUACCCAGCAUCCCUUUGGGCCUAUCACCUCUUCCUUAUGGGCCGAGGGGAGACUACUCGCGAGUAUCUCAAUUCUCAAAAGUUCAAAAAAGCAGAUCGUCACCGUCCUUUCACGCAAGGCAAUUCUUUGUGGAACUGGAUUGCUGUUCUCGUGAGACCUCGGCCUCCUACGUAUUUGCAAUUCAAGAGGGCCUACUAUGAAGGCGAUCAACGGCUUGCGACGCAAAAACGCAAGUAUCUGCCAAAAGAUAUCGAAUCUCAGGCAGGAAUGGAAAUGCAGACUGUGGACCCUAAUACUGCGACAUAUACCCCCAAUGUGGAAAACAAUUGA